AUGAGCACCUCAGAUUUUGCCACGGUGGUGUUACCAGCCCUGCCACGUCAGCUCAAGCGCCUGGAUCUCCGCUCGGACCACUUUCUCUGCCCUGCCGCGUGCGUGGACCUGCGGGGGUUCUGGUUAAGCCCGUGUGAUGAUCCGGAGAUCACAUACCCGAGCCAUGAUCGCGUGUGGGGCCACGCGGACGGCAUUCAGCUUGCCGGCUCCUCCACCAUCCCACCUCCGCCGCCUCCGCCCCCUCCCCGUGCUCCUGCGCCCCCUCCUCCUCACUCUCGUGCCAUUCCUCCCCCACCUCCUUCCGUUCCUCCUUCUACUGCUUCUGUCGCUCCUCGCUCUACCUCUUCCCUCCCGCCUCCCCCCCCUCCCCCUCCCCCACCUCCUUCCGCAUCUCAUCCUCCGCCUCCUCCCCGUCCGUGCGUCCUGCACCCCCCACCGCCUCCCCGUGCGCGCCCCCCGCUCCCCCCACCGCCUCCGCCCCCACCGCCUCCGCCCCUCCCGCCUCCCCCCAUCCGAAACCGUCCGCCCCAGCGCUCUUUCCUUACCGACCUCCACGUGAACACCAUCGCCGCCUCGCUCCCUAAUCUCCGCGCCUUGAACCUCGACACGCCAGCGGACAUCACGGCCGCGUGCGUCGAGCACGUGGCCAGCACACUCCCGCUUCUGGCGGCGCUCUCGCUCUGGUCCGACGCCGUCACGUGGGAGUCGGCGGCGCUGCUCCUCGCGCUCCUCCCGUCGCUGCAGCGCCUCUCCCUCGUGUCCGGCGCGCUGGUUCCGCGCGCCUCGCCCCAGCCGGGGCGCGCAGAGGCGGGUGCAGCAGCAGCGCGGGAUACUUCAGCGAAUGCAGCCGCUGGUGCAGAAGCAGCGGGGUCGGAUGAUGCUCUAUCUCUCUUCUCCUCGCUCUCCCUUGCCCCCCCCAGUGCCGGCGACCCCUUCUGGUGCCCCUCAGGGUCCCACCUGUUCCGCCACCUCACCACCCUGGAUCUGUCCCGAACUGAGGUGCUGCGUUCCCCACCCCCUCCCGAUGGCGAGCCGGGGAGGAGCGAGGAGGCACUCUGCCGGGCCAUCCGCGGCCUGCCUCUCCUGGAGCGCCUCGCCCUCCCCCUGGCGUCAGACACUGUUCUGCUGGAGAUCUCCCAGUCCUGCCCGAAGCUCACCGCCUUGCACGCGCAGCCGCUAGCUCGGUUCAUCCCUGUUGCGUCUGCUGAGGGAAGUGGCAGCAACGACUUUCUCUACUACACGUCCGCCUAUGCCAGGGCCUCCGUGCGUGUUGCCCUUCCUGCUGUCCAGUGGCGGGUGACUGAUGCAGGGGUGGUGGCUAUUGCGAACGGAUGCACGCGAUUGGUGCAGCUGAGUCUGGGCGGCUGUGUGAACGUGCGACCCGCAGCGUGGCGCCAGCUGGCGAGGAGAUGCGGGCGGCUGGAGGUGCUGAGGCUGCCGCGCACACGGGUGGACGACGCUGCUGUCGUGGCGGCGCUGUUCGGCGACAGCUGGCACGGCGGUGUGGGUGUGAAUGCUGCCACUGCCGCCACUGCUGCCACUGCUGCCACUGCUGCUGGGGCUGCCCCUGGAAUUCCACCUAGUUCCGACGCCACUGCUGCUGCAGGCCGUGCUUCCAGUGCGCCAGUGCCCCUGCAGCUGCACCUGCCAAGACUCGUCCUGCUGGACCUCUUUGGAUGCCCGGGCGUGACUUGUGCCCUCCUGCUCGCUCUCUCAGCAGCAGCCAGGGAGCUUGCUGGCAACGAUGAGAAGAUCAGAGGAGAUGGGGUGGCUGAAGAGGUGGAGAGGGAUGGGGAAAGUGAGGAGGAGAAGGCACUCACGGCGGUUGAGGGUGUGGGGCAUGAGAAAGGAAGGAAGACGGUGAGAGGAUGCUGUGGGUUGCAGGAGUUCAGACUGCGGCGCCUGCUGGUGUCGCCUGAAGUGAUUGGUGGAGAUGGGUGGAGAGGGAGCGAGGGUGUGUUGGGGGGUGGAGGAGAUGGUGGAGGAACGGGCUCUGACUAUGUGGAUUUGAGGCUUGUUGCCAGGGAGCUAUUCAUCAUCCAGCCCCUCUAUAGUGCUGUAGGCCUACGUGGCAGUGCUGUAGGCCUACGUGGCAGUGCUGUAGGCCUACGUGGCAGUGCUGUAGGCAUACGUGGCAGUGCUGUAGGCCUACGUGGCAGUGCUGUAGGCCUACGUGGCAGUGCUGUAGGCCUACUUGGCAGUGCUGUGGGCCUACGUGGCAGUGCUGUAGGCCUACGUGGCAGUGCUGUAGGCCUACGUGGCAGUGCUGUAGGCCUACGUGGCAGUGCUGUAGGCCUACGUGGCAGUGCUGUAGGCCUACGUGGCAGUGCUGUAGGCCUACGUGGCAGUGCUGUAGGCCUAAGUGGCAGUGCUGUAGGCCUACGUGGCAGUGCUGUAGGCUUUGGGCUUGGGCUUGACCUCGGCGUCGUUCACAUUGCGAAUGUGAAUGGCGUCCCUCUCGUGCCUGUGGGCCGGUAUGGGGCAGCACGGGGCAGUGGAGAAGGGGCAGGAGGAUGGAUGAGGCAAGCGGUAGAGACAGACAUGACAGGACCCGCUGUGCCCUGCAGUUGA